AAAAACAAACAGGAGGCCGUUGAUGCCGGCUCAUUUUCUCCAGAAAAUCUUUCCUCCUAUAAAAAUGUCUGAAAAUCGGAGCCUGAAUUUUCUCUCCCACCUACUUUCCCGAGAAAAUUAUGUCCACAGAGCUCAGGAUUAGCUGUGGCCAGACCUCAUUUCGGGUGAUUUUAUAUAGAGCCCAAUUUGUCAUGAUGGUUGUAAAUUGAAGUGUAUAUAUAGUCAGUGAAGUAAGGGAAUUUAUUACUGUAGUAUAGAAUGAGUAAGUCGCGAAAGGAUAGAGGCCUUUGUGUAGAUGGGAGUAGCUCUGGACGACGAGGUGCUAUUCGAGGGCACAACGUGCCAUCAGGUUAUCUUGAUCAUGAAAUUGCUCAACUCACAAAUCUUAGGUCAGGACCCAAUGACCUCCUGAGUCGGGUGGUACAGGGAAAAUUAAGGUUACCUAUUUCCCCUGUGAAAAUGUUGGCUGCUCGAGAAUGUAACUCUUCGGGGAGGGGUAGAUUCUCAUCUGCUGAUAAUUGUCAUGUUUCAAGCCGAUAUUUGCCCGUCAAUGGGCCUCGAAGGAUUGACACAAUGACGAGCUGUGCUUAUGUUUCACAGUUUUCGGCCAAUGGUUCUCUUUUGGUUGCAGGAUUUCAGGAAAGUGAAAUCAAGAUAUAUAAUGUGGAUGGUGGAUGGAAACUUCAGAAGGACAUUCUAGCAAGAAGCUUGCGAUGGACGAUUACUGAUGCAUCUCUUUCACCAGAUCAACAUCAUCUUGUUUAUGCAAGUAUGUCACCUGUUGUCCAUAUUGUUAAUGUUAGCUCUGCUGCAACGGAAUCUCAUGCAAACAUUACGGAAAUUCAUGAGGGUCUAAAUUUUUCUAUAGAUGAUGAUGGUGAAUACUCUUUUGGGAUCUUCUCUGUAAAGUUUUCAACUGAUGGGCGAGAGCUUGUAGCAGCAAGUAGUGAUGAUUCAAUAUAUGUUUAUGAUCUUGAAGCAAAGAGGCUUACCCUUAGUAUUCCUGCACAUGCGUCUGAUGUUAAUGCUGUAUGUUUUGCUGAUGAAAGUGGCCAUCUCAUAUAUUCUGGGAGUGAUGAUAACCUGUGUAAGGUGUGGGACAGGCGUUGUUUCGUUGCAAAAGGGCAAGCAGCUGGGGUCCUGACGGGACAUAUAGAAGGCAUUACUUUUAUUGACAGUCGUGGAGAUGGCCGUUAUUUUAUCUCGAAUGGAAAGGAUCAGGCAAUCAAACUUUGGGAUAUUCGGAAAAUGUCUUCUAACGUCACUUGCACCAGCAAAAGCUUUAGGGAUUAUGAGUGGGAUUAUAGAUGGCUGGAGUACCCGGCUCAUGCAAAAAAAUUGAAACAUCCUAAUGAUCUGUCAUUGGCUACAUAUAAAGGUCAUUCAGUCUUGCGCACUCUCAUACGCUGUUACUUCUCCCCAGCAUAUAGCACUGGUCAAAAGUACAUCUACACUGGAUCUAGUGAUUGCUCUGUGUAUAUCUAUGAUCUGGUGAGUGGAGCUCAAGUGGCAAAACUUGACUACCAUGAAGAUCCAGUGAGAGACUGUAGUUGGCACCCAUUCUACCCAAUGAUUGUCAGCUCAUCAUGGGAUGGUGCAAUUGCCCAAUGGGAGUUUCCGGGGAAUGGUCAGCCACCAGUUGCCUCGCGACCGAAUAGACGAUGGAGGCGACAUAUCUAUUGAAUGAAUCAUGGUUUCACAUCAUUCAUCUAGAAGUUAGGAGAUGUACUUGCAUCAGUAUAUUGUUGUUGUAUAAGAUGCUUUUUUUUACAGCCUCACAAAUUGGUGUCAGUAUAUUGUAAUUGUAUAAGAUGUUUUGUUUAACAGCCUCACAAAUUGGUGUCAUCAGUAUAGCCAAAUGUAUACCCUUCUUCUUCUUAUAAAUGUUGUUCAGUUUCGUUUUCAUUC